AUGAGUUACGAAUCUGGGAGGUCAUCUUCCUCUUCUGAGAGUACACGGUCACCAACGCUAAAAGGAGAGCCUAAUGCCAAAAUAGCUUGGGAAGGAAGUGUCAAAGGUUCUGAGAAAAAUAAUGGGAACGAUAGCAAUCCGUCGAUGCGGAGACUGGGUGAGUCUCGAAGGGCGGCCGAAAUGGGAGGAUCAUCGAGAAAUAAGCUUUCUCCUUUGACACCUUUGAAAAAAGCUUCUGUCGAGAGGAAAGAUUCAGCCCAACCACAGAUUCCUUCUAUGGGGUUUACUUAUUCUUUGCCCAAUCUGAAGGCUUUAAACAGUUUUUCAGAUGUUGAGCAGGCACGCAUGAUGCAUGAUUAUCUAUCUGGCGGCAUGAAUCGUGGCAAUAGUAACAAUUAUGUGGACCCACUAUACCGUCAACUAAAUCCAACUAUGGGUGGUAUUAAGAACAAGCCUGUUUGGAGUUUAAAUCAGCCGCUACCGCAUGUACUGGAUCGAGGCCUGGCAGCAAAGAUGAUACAAAAAAAUAUGGAUGCAAGAUCCCGUGCAUCCUCGAGGCGAGGGUCGACAGAUAUCUCGAGGGCCGGUUCUACUACGUCAGUGAAAGACUGGAAAAGGCUUCUUAGAGGUGUAGCGCCAAGCAAAAAGCUUGGUGAUAUCGAAGCUCAAACGCAACGUGGAAAUUCUGUUGGUACAGAUGUGACGUCCACUAAGUUGGAGCCUGAAAACCCUCAAAAGCCUUCUAACACGCAUAUUGAAAAUGUUUCACGUAGGAAAAAGCGUGCCCUACAAAAUGUUAAUUUUUCAUUAGGUGAUGAGAGCUACCCAUCCUCCAUAGCUGAUGUAGAAUCUAAAAGACUAAGAAACAUGCAAACCAUUGAUGGAUCUACUCCAGCUUACGCGAAGCUUCCUGAAGAACUCAUUGAAGAGGAAAACAAAAGUACUAGUGCACUAGAUGGUAAUGAAGUUGGUGCCUCAGAAGAUGAAGAUGCUGAUAUAAUGACAUUUCCAAACUACUGGGCAAAGAUUCGGUAUCAUAUGCGGGAACCAUUUGCGGAGUUUCUCGGGACACUUGUACUUGUCAUUUUUGGUGUUGGUGGCAAUCUUCAAGCAACCGUAACAAAAGGCAGUGGUGGUUCCUAUGAAUCCCUAUCAUUUGCAUGGGGAUUUGGCUGUAUGCUUGGUGUGUACGUCGCCGGUGGUAUUAGUGGUGGUCAUAUCAACCCUGCUGUUACAAUUUCAAUGGCAAUCUUUAGAAAAUUCCCGUGGAAAAAAGUUCCUGUGUAUAUAGUUGCUCAGAUUAUCGGUGCUUACUUUGGGGGAGCCAUGGCUUAUGGCUAUUUUUGGAGCUCUAUUACAGAGUUUGAGGGAGGCCCGCAUAUAAGAACUACAGCAACGGGUGCGUGUUUGUUUACCGAUCCGAAGUCUUAUGUCACGUGGAGAAAUGCCUUUUUUGACGAAUUCAUAGGAGCUUCUAUACUUGUAGGUUGUUUGAUGGCAUUAUUGGAUGAUAGUAACGCCCCGCCCGGCAAUGGUAUGACCGCAUUAAUUAUUGGAUUCCUAGUUGCUGCAAUUGGUAUGGCCCUUGGGUAUCAAACAAGUUUCACAAUCAACCCAGCAAGAGAUCUCGGUCCUCGUAUAUUUGCUUCCAUGAUUGGAUAUGGCCCUCAUGCUUUCCAUCUUACACAUUGGUGGUGGACAUGGGGAGCCUGGGGUGGUCCGAUCGCUGGUGGUAUUGCUGGAGCACUCAUAUAUGACAUUUUCAUAUUUACUGGAUGCGAAUCUCCGGUCAAUUAUCCGGACAAUGGCUAUAUUGAGAAUAGAGUGGAUAAAAUUUUACAUGCCGAAUUUCAUCAGCAUGAUGGCGCUGCCUCAACAUCGGUUGGAUCUGAUGAUAACAGCAACAGCAAUAAUGGUAGCAAGAAGUCUGUCCCUAUUUCCCCAUAA